AUGACAUCGACCAGUGAGCAUCGCCCGCACUGGAAAAUCGAUUCAUUCCAAGCAGAUGACAACAAAGGCGGCGUAUUCACCGAAGAAUCUUCUUUCGCAACCCUUUUCCCGAAAUACAGAGAAAAGUACUUGAGGGAGGUUUGGAGCGCCGUAACCAAAGUUCUAGACGCCCACGGUAUCGCAUGCACACUGGACCUAGUUCACGGAUCCAUGUCCGUCCGGACAACACAUAAAACAUUCGAUCCACACAUCAUCCUCAAAGCAAGAGACCUCAUCAAACUACUCGCAAGAGGGGUUGCGAUCACGCAGGCUCAGAAGGUACUACAGGACGACAUGGCUUGCGAUAUCAUCAAAAUUGGGAAUCCGGUUCGUAACAAGGACAGGUUUGUGAAACGGAGACAACAGAUUAUUGGACCGGAUGGGAGUACGUUGAAGGCCAUUGAGCUAUUAACCCAGUGCUACAUUCUCGUACAAGGGAAUACCGUCAGCGUCAUGGUCCCACGAAUAGUCCUUGAUUGCAUGAAAAACAUUCAUCCCAUCUACCGCAUCAAGGAACUGAUGAUAAGAAGGGAACUCGCAAAAGAUCCCAAAUUAGCAACAGAGUCCUGGGACCGGUUCCUCCCCACUUCCGACAAAAAGGAGAAACCAGCGAAGAAAGUGUACACGCCCUUUCCCCCGCCACAACGAUUACGGAAGGUUGACCUUCAGCUCGAGUCGGGAGAGUAUUUCCUCAAGCCCCAUGAAUGGGAGGCCCGGGAAGUUCAACAAAGAAAACAAAAGCAAGCCGAAGCAACCCUCAAACGACGAGCAGAACGGGCAGAAGUAUACGUCGCUCCCACAGAAGAGGCGGCCCCUACAGUUGAAGAGAAACGAAAGCGACAGCACACAGAAGUGGAUGCCAAGGAUGGGACGGCAAGGUAAAGGACAUUGCUGUCUAGGCGCAAUGGACUUGCCACACCGUUCGUGUGCACAUCGUGAACGCAAUGCUACUCGUAGAGUAUUUUGAUGCACGCUGCGUAUCGAAGACAUCCUACUGCCAACACUAUGUUUGACCCAUGAUGCAUUACUAGCGUUAUACCAAGAUACGAUAAAAACCCACUAAGUACACGCACUGAAUCGAUUCAACAAGUGUCGAACAAAAAGCACGAUCAAGUAGGAAUAUCCCCCUGCAGCCUAAAGUCCCUACUGCUUGCACCGAUAGAGAAUGAGAUCUGGCCAUCAGGCUUGCACCACCCCUGAGCGACGACGUCCCAGAUAGACAGGUCAUAGCGCGAGAGCGUGAUCGAGGCUUGUUCUGUGCUUGACGGCGAGAUUUCGACGUUUGUGAAGCCCUUU